AUGUUUCCGGUGCCGCCAAGGAUUUUUGGAGACCAUCUUCGCUUUCCUUCCUUCCUUUCCAACAACCACUACCCCCCAGCAACGAUGCCCAAGAUCCACACACUCAAGCCAGGAUAUUACGGUGAAGGCUCUGUCGAAAUAACCCCGCCGGCCGCACCUGGCGAAGGUCCCAUACGGCGGUGUACGCUGUCAAAAAAUGGCCUCGUAACUCAGCCAUUCGAGGGCAUCGACACUGUCUAUGAUGUCGUGGCAUAUGCAGCGCGUACCCACGGCAGCAGGAACGCUCUCGGGUGGCGAGACAUCGUCGACGUUGUUGAAGAGGAGAAGGAAGUGACCAAGGUGGUCGAGGGCAAGGAGGUAGUCGAGAAGAAGAAGUGGAAGUUCUUCGAGCUCAGCGACUACAAAUACAUCAGCUUCAUCGAGAUGAAGGAGGCCGUCUCAGAGAUCGCCCGGGCGCUUAUCAACUUGGGCGUUACGAAGGAAGACGUGUUCAACGUGUACGCACAGACCAGCCCAAAUUGGCAACUUAUGGCGCACGCCUGCGCGUCGAUUUCUACCACCAUCGCCACUGCCUACGAUACUUUGGGAGAAGAUGGUCUGACACAUUCUCUCAACGAGCCGGACUGCGUAGGUCUCUUCACCAACGCUGAGCUCCUCCCGGUUCUCCACCGCGUUCUCGCCAACACUCCUACCGUCAAAUACGUCGUCUUCGACGGUGAACCCACUCAAGCACUGGUCGAUGAUCUCCAUUCCGUGCGCGAGAGCAUUCAGGUCUUUAGCAUUGACAAGCUUCGCCAAAUUGGUCGCACCCUCCCCAAGGACCCACUGGAGGCCCGUUUGCCGAAGAAGGACGACAUUGCUCUGAUCAUGUACACCAGCGGCAGCACUGGCGCCCCCAAGGGUGUUUUAAUCUCACACGCGAACCUCGUAGCUUCAGUCGGCUCCGUUUACACCCUGCUCGGACACCACCUGACCUACGAAGACAGCUACCUCGCCUACCUGCCCCUCGCUCAUGUUCUCGAAUAUAUCGUCGAGAUGAUUAUGCUCUUCGUUGGGAUGCCUUCGGGCUAUGGACGCGUGAAGACCCUCACUGACGCGUCUGUGCGGAACUGCAAGGGCGACAUAGGCGCCUUCCGUCCCUCCAUCAUGGUCGGUGUCCCUGCGGUCUGGGAGACGAUUCGCAAGGGCAUCCUCGCCAAGGUUCAUGCCGGCGGCGCUGUCAAGCAGUCCGUGUUCAACGGCGCCAUGACCUUGAAGAAGAAGAACGUUCCUGUUCUUGGCCAGCUAGCUGACAGUGUUGUUCUCGCUGGUGUUCGGGCUGCAACUGGUGGCCGGCUUCGCAUUGCUCUGAGUGGAGGAGCUGCCAUCAGUCGCGAGACCCAAGAAUUCUUGACGACGGCUCUUGUCACGGUUCUUCAAGGAUAUGGAUUGACGGAAUCAUGCGGCAUGUGCGCCAUUCUCCCACCUGAGCUCAUGCGAUAUGGGACGGUUGGCGUGCCGGUGCCCUCUAUUGAGGUCAAACUGCGUGACGUUGAAGAUGCUGGCUACCUCUCCACCAAUAACCCUCCGCAGGGCGAGGUCUGCAUUCGUGGCCCCUCUGUCGUGACGGGAUACUACAAGCGGCCUGACCUCAACGCGGACGAGAGCAUCUUCACGAAGGACGGUUGGUUCCGCACGGGCGAUGUUGGUCAAUGGAACCCAGAUGGAACACUCUCGCUCAUCGAUCGUAUCAAGAACCUUAUCAAGCUCGCUACUGGCGAGUACAUCGCCCUUGAGCGUCUCGAGUCCAUCUACAAGGCUUGCAACCUCGUCGCCAACGUCUGCGUCCACGCCUCCCCUGACGCCAAGCAGCCCAUGGCCAUCAUCAUCCCCCACGAGAUCCAUCUUCGUAACUACCUCUCGUCCAAGGGUCUCGACGCGACGCCUUCCCUCGCCGACCUGUGCAGCAACCACGACAUCCAACAAAUCGUGCUGAAGGAGUGCAACUCUGUCGGAAAGAAGAACGGAUUCAAAGCCAUGGAGCUGCUCCAAUCUGUUGUCCUGACUGCCGAUGAGUGGACGCCCGAGAGCGGCCUCGUCACUGCCGCGCAGAAGAUCCAGCGGGCGAAGAUCGCGAAGGCGUUCGGGCACCAGAUCGAGGCGGUGUACAAGCACGAUUAG